AGAUUUCGCAUUUCCAUGAAUGCACUGCGUUAUAGCGCGCGUCUUUAUGGUAGAGAGAAGUGGAUACGACCGUAAUCUGGCUGUAAUUUUACUUUGGAACGAUUCUAUAUUUAUGAAAUGUAGAUAUUAAACUUCUAAUGUCUAUGAACCGGUAGAAAAAGCACGACAUAAUCAACUCAAAGGAAAAGAACCCAAAGCAAACCCACAAUCCAGGGAACCCAUCCAACAAAAUGGUCUGGCAUCCAGCCUCACAGGGAAGAAUAGUUGGAGGAGCACUUGUCCUACCGAUUGCCAGAGAAAACAUCAGAUUUGAGAAGGAAAUUGGAUGGGGAAAAUAUAUAAACCCUGAAUAUGCCAUUCUUCUCAGUGAAAUUGCAGAUAUCAACCACCAAGACAUUAUAUUAACAGCAGUAUGUUGGCUUCUCAAGUGGAGGCCAGUAGAGGUCCCCAUCCAAACCAUUGCCAUCCCAGCUGAGCUUCAACCCAAAGUCACAGUAAUAAGAUUGACACCAAUAUCUGAUCACAUUAUUGCCUUGAUGGCAAUGGGAGGACUGAUAACUCUUGCAAGCAAGGCCUGUCUCACACAACCCUGUGACUAUUCUGAAUACCUAAGGUUGAGGUGGAAAACAGUCUGUGCAACAUUGAAUAUGGGAAAUAUUAUUGAGCAAGGCCAAAUAACCAACGAAACCUAUAUGGAGAUAAUGCAGAUGCUUGUUACAUGGCAAACGUGGUUACAAUCUCAAGAUACCCUCAAAAGGAUGCUUCUCAACUUAAUCUUCAAAGAAGGGGAGAGAGAACCAUUUGUGGCAGGAAUUUUGAACAAUGUUCAGUUUUGCCUAAAAAACUAUGGCCUUAAAGCUGCAUACCUCAUGGAGAACUUUAUUCUUUUAAAAAAUGGGCCAAUUCUCCUCCCAGCAAAUUUAUUACAGCCAAUAAUUUCACAAGCAGUUAAUCUAAAAAAAGCUCUGACAGAGCUCAAGGCAAAACACGUCAACAGAUUCCCUUAUCUUAUGGUCUAUCCUCUGGAGGGAACUGAAAGAUUACAUCGUGAGAAUUAUCCAGAUCUAUUCAAUGAGUCUGUAAGAAUAGCAACAAAAAAAAAGAAAAGUUGAAGUGGGUAAAAACAUUAUGUCAGAUAUUCAAACCGUUGUCAUUUCGAGGGCCAUUGAACGAUGCUAUUGAAGGAAAAAUUGGACAAUCAGUGAAGAACCUUAGUGAAGAAACAAUGCAGAAUCUUAAGUUUCUCGGUAUAAAUGUGCGACUCCUUCCACGUUUCCAGAGAGAUAAAGAAGAGGAAGAA